UGUCGCCAGGACUCUCUUUUUGAAUUAGAGAAAAGACGACAAAGAAAAUCAAAGUGAGACAAGAAAGAAAAAAAGCUAAAAAAAAAAAAAUUCGCUCGCAACAGUCAUUGUUGUUGUUUAUCAGAAUCAGCCUUGUUUCCUUUUUUCUUCCCUUCUCUUGUUUCCUCGUGUCUUCCAGCUCAGCUAAAUUCGUUCUGAUCGGACAAAGUCCUACCACCAACAUGGGUAGCGGCCUUGGACAACGGCCACUCUCCGAAGUGAGCCCCAUGGCGCAGAGACGCAAUUCGCCGAUUUGGAACCAAAGUAAUAAAGCGAUCAAGCACGAGCCAUCCCCCCACGAUGCUCCGGCGUCGCCUCGACUAUUUUGGAAAGGUCGUGAAUCUGGGUCACCGUUCCAGAAGAGUUCAGAAAACCAGGCUCCUUAUGACCCGGAUUCCACCUUUUCGCCUUCUAGACGCGCAUCGCUCGAAAACCUGAAGCGCCAGUCGCGGGUGCGCAACAGCAACAUGCUGCGUGACUACAAGCAAGAGUACGAUCCGGCCACUGUGUACGUUCCACAACGGCCCUUAGCUCCAAGACGGUCUCCAGAGCGACAGUCCCAGACGGGUGCAUCGCCGGAAAAGCCCAAUACUCAGGAUGAUACCCUGGUCGGGCCGCGACCGCCUUCCCCCAGCAAAGAUCAAUCGGCUCCGGCCAAAUCUUCUUUAUCGCGGGCAAGCCGUUUCGGAGCCAAGGAUUGGGGAUUUGAUCCGGAGAGCGAGAUCUGGUCCGAUCUCGAUCGCCACCCGAAGAGCGUCACCUUUGACGCGGCCCCGCCGCAGGUCAACGAGUAUGUGAUGACCACCCCGGAUCCGUCCUCCGUUGCGUCGGACUCUCGCGAUGGCAGCUACGACACCGAGGACGACGAAGGAGAUAUGAGCUUUGACCGUGACUCGUCCUUUGACCGUGAUGAUAGCUUUGAUGCUUCUUUGGAGGACCUCGAAAAGACCCCGGUCGUUUUGCCUGAAGAUUGGCGCUACAUGAGCCCCUCCAAUGCAAACGAGGCCCUCGUCAAGGAAGAAGAGGACCCUUUCACUGAAGACGAAGAAAACCAUAGCCCCGAUCCUCGUCCAUCGUCUGCUCAAGGGUUGUCGAGGCGUCACUCCCGCGUUGAGUCAUUGGACUCCAACGGGGAACGGCGUCCACUACCCCCGCUCCCGAACGGGACCCCCCAGCCGGCCGCUCAGCGACCCACUUCUCCCGGAAGACUAAGUGCCGCCUUCGAGCGAGGCACUGGGGCUCAGCGGGUGCUGCCAUCCCCGCCUGCAGCAGCAUCUUACACCAAGUCUGAUAUCACGGGGCGCAACUAUGCUUCAAUGCCUUUGGAGGAGAGACUGCGUCUGAUGAUGAUUCAGGAGAAGGAGCGCGCAAGCGUUGACUCCGACCGGACCCGCACCGAGGAACCUCAUCCGCGCCCAACGGAAGAUGAGGAAAGCGGCGAUGUCGAAACUCCCAAGGAAAAAUCUCAGGAAGAGAGUUUGGCGCCCAAGGAACCGCGGGAUCAUACCGAGGGUUUCUCGGCCCCUCAUAUUUCUAGAGACUCGAUCCUGCGAGACCUGCGUAAGAGUGAAAGCUAUCUGGACGACCCUUACGAGAAUUCCUCCCAGCCCGGAUCUAGCCCUCGUCCGAUGGGCUAUGACCCCGAUUACCCCAUUCCAUCAUUGGAACACGAUGACAUGUAUGAUGAUGACGACUUCACGGAUGAUGACACAGGCAGCGUGGUGAUCAAGCACGAGGAAAACGACGAUGACCUUUACGACGUACCUGAAUAUGAUGGGAUCAUGCCUCCAAAAGACCUCUCAUUCAAGAGCCUGCCGGAUAGGAGCGACGAUCAGAGCCACUAUUCCAGCCACUCCUUAGCGGCGGAUGCGGAGAAACAUGCCGAGUCUCCACCGGAUGAGGGGCAGACCACACCGAUUCCCGCGGACCAAGCUACACAAGAGAUCACCCAUAAUAUCCCGGAGAAGACCCAAGACGAGCCCCAGGUUCACAAACAAUCACCCCAGCAAAUGGAACCUCUCAGAACGUCACUCCAGCGCCCAGCUACUCCCGAGAUUGAUAGCCCUGUGUCGGCGCCGUCUUCCCCGGACUCGGUCAUUCGUCACUCGGUAGAGGACGAUAUUAGCGACAGUGAGAUCUCUGUAGAUGAUGAUGUUCCCCCGCCUAUUGCCACGGUAAAAGCCCACGGGGCCGGCCUGAAGACGCGGCCUUCGUUGACCCCGUUGGAUCUGCAAACGAUGGCCGCCACUAGACGCCAAGUCAGUGGCCAGGGUCCCCCGCCCGUGCCCUCUCUUCACAAGCAAUUGUCCAAUGAGAAAGAGCCCGAGCAAGCCUCUGAAGAUAGCCAACCCGAGGACCCGUCACCCCCCCAGCUCGGUGUUGAUGUUGCCCAGCGACAGAGCAGCCUCAUGAAGCUGGAUAUCCCGUUCAGCAUUCAAGAGGAAAGUCUUGGCUUUGGCCUGGACAAAGAAUUCGAUCGUGUCAUCGAAACCCAAAAGAAGGGCUACUUGACGAGACACAACACAAAGGUUGUCAUCGCCAGUAGCAGUAACGACGACGGAGUACCCCAAACCCCGGGCCAAGCACCCGCUGACGCUCGCAACCCCCGAUCCGCCGGACCCGCCCAGCGUAAGCCUAGCCAGCAGACCUGGACUACCGUUCCUUGGAACAGUGGUCCUCGUCGCGCUAGCAUCAGAACGCCCUCAGGCGCCAUCCGUAAAAAGCCCGUAUCAGGGCCCGCCCCUCCUCUCCCCGGUCAACAGAGCAACGUCCAGGAUGCCCCCGCCACCAUUGAGGAGACCGAGCCUGCCCUGAGCGGUGUCCUCGAGGAAGGUGAGGAACGAGGUCGUCUCUUUGUCAAGGUGGUAGGAAUGAAAUCCUUAGACCUUCCCCUUCCACGAGGCGAGCGCUCGUACUUCUCCCUUACGCUAGACAACGGCAUUCACUGUGUGACGACUGCCUGGCUCGAGCUGGGGAAGUCAGCACCAAUUGGACAAGAGUUUGAGCUCAUUGUGCAUAAUGACCUGGAAUUCCAGCUCACCUUGCAGAUGAAGGCGGACGAGGACAAAUUCCGUACCGAAGAAUCUGCGCCGACGGCAACACCAGCCCGGCAAAAGGCUUCCACCUUUAGCCGUGUCUUCGCUUCUCCCCGCAAGCGCAAGGAGAUGGAAAUGAAGCAGCAGCUGGCUUCACAGCAACAGCAAAAGAGCAAGGAUCCUAACGCCGCAGUCUGGGACAAACUGAGAACUCUCAUCGCCAGAGACGGUAGUUUCGGCCGUGCUUAUGUCUCGCUGAGUGAUCAUGAAAAACAUGCAUUCGGUCGUCCCUAUACUGUGGACGUGGCUUGCUUCAAUGAGUGGGCCGUCGAGGAACAGCCAAGCAGUGUCAAGAGCAAAAAGAGCACUACGAGUGCCGCCUCGCAGCGUCGACCUCCUUACAAGAUCGGCAAACUGGAGUUGCAGCUGCUCUUCGUCCCGAAGCCCAAGAAUUCCAAGGACGAGGACAUGCCUAAGAGCAUGAACGCGUGCAUUCGGGAGAUGCGCGAGGCUGAAACUGCUUCGGCUCGCACCUGGGAGGGAUUCCUGUCACAGCAAGGUGGCGAUUGCCCGUACUGGCGCCGCCGCUUUUUCAAGCUCCAAGGCUCCAAAUUGAUCGCCUACCACGAGACCAGCCGGCAACCGCGGGCGAACAUCAACCUAUCCAAGGCCGCGAAGCUGAUCGAUGACCGCAGCGCCCUCACCAAGAGGGAGACCUCCACCAGAGGCGGCGGUCGGCGUCGCUCAGCAUUCGCCGAAGAAGAAGAAGGCUACAUGUUCGUCGAAGAAGGCUUCCGGAUACGCUUCGGCAACGGCGAGGUGAUCGACUUCUACGCCGAUAGCGCUGCCGACAAAGAUGGCUGGAUGGGCGUCUUGGCCGACACAGUUGGCAAGGGCUCAACCAGCAGCAGCCAAGCCAAGCCGUGGACAGAGCUUGUCCUAAAGCGCGAGCGUAGCAUGAAGUCGUCGCGCCGUGAGACUCUGGACCGCACCAGCGGCAAGAGCAUGGGGGCACCUCCCCCUCCUAUUCCCAAGAAAGACGCCCCCGCUCCGCCUGCCACCGCGACGGGUCCUCCGCCCUCUGCAAUGGCUUCCCACCGUCCCUCGCGACCCCAACAUCGGCACACACAGUCUCAACCUGACGCUCGUGGCGCUGACGCCCGGAAGAAUAAGGCGCGUUCGUUGAUGUUCUAGAUCGAACAACGACGAAUCCUAGGACCUUUUCAGACGAUAAUCACAAGCAGUGAAGUCGUCCUUGUCUAACUUUCUUCCUCUAACCUCCCUUCCCUUCUCAUGUCACUAUGAUCCAACCAAAGCAACUGAUUUC